AUGGCCACCUGUGCCAAGACCCUGCCCUGGACACACUCAUACUUGGUAGGGAAGACAGCCGUGGAAACAGACCAGGAAGAUUCAGUGCGUGUUUCCCUCUCCCUGCUCUUCUCCACAGUGCCCAUCCCCUCCAAAGCUAGCAGCCUCUCAGCCCUCUCCUUGGCCAAAGACAGCCUGGUGGGCGGCAUCACGAAUCCUGGUGAGGUCUUCUGCUCUGUGCCCGGCCGGCUUUCACUGCUCAGCUCAACGUCCAAGUACAAGGUGACGGUGGGGGAGGUGCAGCGGCGACUCUCGCCUCCUGAGUGCCUCAACGCCUCCCUCCUGGGGGGUGUCCUCCGCAGGGCCAAGUCCAAAAAUGGGGGCCGGUGUUUGCGGGAACGGUUAGAGAAGAUUGGACUCAACCUGCCAGCUGGUCGUCGCAAGGCUGCCAACGUGACGCUGCUGACUUCGCUAGUGGAAGGAGAGGCCGUGCACCUGGCCCGAGACUUCGGUUACGUCUGUGAGACGGAGUUCCCAGCUAAGGCAGCCGCCGAGUACCUGUGCCGACAGCAUGCUGACCCGGGGGAGCUGCACAGCCGCAAGAGCAUGCUGCUGGCCGCCAAGCAGAUCUGCAAGGAGUUUGCAGACUUGAUGGCUCAGGACCGCUCACCGCUGGGCAACAGCCGCCCGGCAGUCAUCCUGGAGCCCGGAGUGCAGAGCUGCUUGACACACUUUAGCCUCAUCACCCAUGGCUUCGGUGGGCCUGCCAUCUGUGCUGCCCUCACUGCCUUCCAGAACUACUUGUUGGAGUCACUCAAGGGGCUGGACAAGAUGUUUCUAAGUAGUGUGGGCAGUGGGCACGGUGAAACCAAGGCUUCGGAGAAAGAUGCCAAGCAUCGGAAAUAA